AUGCCCGAAGACAUCCUGUCCUCAAUCCUAUCCUCUGCAAUAGAAAAUAUAGGUAAAUUGCUUAUUGAAGAAGUAAAGUUUCUACGAGGUGUUCGCGAGCAAGUUACACUCCUUCGUGACGAUCUCAAAUGGAUACAAAUGUUCUUAAGAUAUGCAGAUAAGAAACAGGCUGCAAGGGACACUAUACAACAGUGGCUUCCGGAAUUUAGAGCGGUCGCUUAUGAAGCAAGUGAUUUGGUUGAAGAUUAUGCUUUGAGGGUUUCAAUUUCAAGCAACAGAGGCUUUACACGUGCUCUAAAGAGGACUGCUUGUAUUGCCAGAGAAUGUUAUACCAUUCAUGCUUUGGGCUUAGAGAUUCAAAGUCUCAGAACUAGGAUCUCUAAUCGCACCAAAAUUUUUGGCCGGUUUGUAAAUUUAAUUGCCAGAACGGAGGAAGGAGAGUCGAGUGCUCCAUCCAGGCAGAAACAAUUAAGGCACACUUACUCCUUUGUGGCUGAGGAGGAUGUGGUUGGACUGCGUAAUGAUGUUGAGAAGCUGGUUGAACAUUUGCUGAAAGAGGGUGAAAGUACAGGGCGCAAAAUAAGAGUGGCUUCGAUUGUCGGCAUGGGAGGUAUAGGCAAAACCACUCUUGCUAGAAAGGUAUAUCACCAUGAAAAAUUGAAGCAGUGUAUUAAAGGUUUUGCGUGGAUUUGUGUGUCACAACAAUGGCAAACAAAAGAUCUCUUGCAAGGCAUUCUACUCAAGCUUACUCCUGAAAACAGAAAACAGAUAAUGAAGAGCGAACAAGAUGAACUAGCAAAGCUGCUUCGAGAGCACUUGGGAGCUAGGAGAUGUUUGAUAGUCCUCGACGACAUCUGGUCAACAGAUGUUUGGGAUAGCCUAAAAGAUGCAAUCCUAGUUUCGGAGCAUGGAACCAAAAUUUUGCUGACAACUCGUAUUAGAGACGUGGCAGAACAUGUUGGUCCAAAUGGUUAUCGCCAUGAACUGCGUUUUUUGACCGAGGACCAAAGUUGGGAGUUGCUACGAAAGAAAAUUAGGGAGAGCAGUGGUGAAGGUUGUGAAGAUUUGGACAAGAUGAAAGAGUUGGGGAAGGAAAUGUUGAAUAACUGUGGGGGUCUUCCAUUGGCCGUGGUAGUUCUAGGUGGAAUUCGUAGAACUAGAACUUUCAAGGAAUGGAAUGAAGUGCAUGAGAAUAUCAAAUCUUAUCUGGAUAAGGGAGAAAAAAUUGGAAAAGAAGGAGAGGUGCCCAAGGUUUUAGCUUACAGUUACUAUGACCUCCCUUGGCAACUAAAACCAUGCUUCCUUUACUUGGGUAAAUUCAGGGAAGAUUCCGACAUUGGAGCAGAGAGUUUAUAUCAGAUGUGGAUAGGAGAAGGUAUGAUAUUUGAGAAUGAUAGAAGGGAGAAAGAAACAAUAAUGGAUGUUGCAGAGCGUUACUUGGAAGAGUUAGCAAACAGAUGCAUGGUUGAAAUUAAAAAACAUGAGGAGGGGAAGUGUGCGGUGACAAGGCUAAAGUCAUGUCGGUUUCAUGAUCUUAUGAGAGAUCUAUGCUUAGCCAAGGCAAAAGAGGAGAAUUUGUAUAAGUUGGUCGAUCGAAGUACUUCACGAGAUUCUCCUCCUGCAAUUGAAGCACAGUAUAGUUUAGUCCUUCAUUUGCUUCCAAGAGAUAUCUCUAAAUACAACUUUCCACCGAAAGAACAAACUAAGCAUCUUCGCUCAUUCUUGUGUGAUUCGUUGGUAGCCAAAUGGGAAUAUUCUAAUCCAGGGGUGAGAAUAAUGUCCCAAGUCAAGAAUUUGAAGAUGCUUAGAGUUUUGGCAAUUUUAUCCUUCCAUAUGGCCUCCCAAAGUUGUUAUCUCAAAUCACCUCUGGGGUAUGUCGGUAACCUUAUCCAUUUGAGAUGUUUGAGAUUGAGAGGUCAGAAUAUAAACUUGCCAUAUUCCUUGGGCAAUUUAAAGUACUUGGAAACUCUCGAUUUAUCUGGUAGUUCUCGUUCUUGUAGAAUACCAAACGUGCUAUGGAAAUUGGAACAUUUGAGAUAUCUUUAUCUUCCAGACUGGAGGUGGUGGGACGCUCACCCUAAGCUGCGGUUAAGCAAGCAGCUGGAGAUACUUGAAUCAUUCGAUAACAAAAUUUGCUAUCCUAAAGAUGUAUGCAAAUUAUCGAAUCUCAGAGCUUUGAAAGCAAUACAACAGGGGUUUGGAUGUUCUUUCAAGGGUGUUGUUUAG